GGGCCUUUAAGCACAACACAACAAUUAUUCGCAAUUAUCGGAAAUUGUAAAACCUUUUGUGAUCAUGCCGCCAAAACGACGUAGAAGAUUUCAAGGCUUGUAUUAUCAUUCAUCGCCUCCAAAAGUCAUGCCAAUGAACGGACAAACGGCCAAUCAAAAUGGACGCAAGCGUCGUGACACUGACGAUUUCUCGGUGAAGCUAUCGACCAUUCGAAUUUGGAUGCACGAAAAGGAAAUUGGAAAACUGACGCGCAUUCUGUGGGCGGGCCAGGGUCACCGCCUAUGCCAGCAGGCAAGCAAUAAUGGGCGUGUCAAGCGCUUUUUGGCCGCUGUGCCACAUGUAAUGAACGCAAUCAAGGAUCUGCACCAGGCGGUUAUCGAUAAUAAUCUGGAGACGCUGCAGAUGAAAUUGGAGCCGCCGGUGCCACCAGCACUGGUAACAUCGAGGGACGCGAAUGCGCUCAACGUUAUACACAAGGCGGCCGGGCUGGGCCAUGCCAAGAUAUUGGAGUAUCUGGUGAGCAUUUGGCCGGAGGGUGCGCACGAAACAGACAUUACCGGCAAGACGCCCUUGCACUGGGCGGCUAGUGCCAAAAAUAAUAUGCGCUGCUACACUUUGCUCACCCAGGCCGGCUGCAAUGAGGAGGCCCAAGACUACAAAAUGAAGACACCCUCGUAUUACCGUCACAAGCCGCACGAAAUAGAGCGCGCCUUUCUCGUCUUUGUGCCGGAAGCACCGCGUGUUCCUCCGGACAGCACUACCGACUGGGAGGCCUUGAGCGAUGACAACGAGAGCAAUGGCGGGGGUGACAGCAAGAAACUGGAUAUAAAAAUACCACCAGCACCUCUCAAUGAGCUAAAUGGAGAUGGUGCUGAGACUACAUCCGAGCCGGAUACAAAUGAUGGUACAAGUGCGAAUGGGGAAGAAGAUUCUUCCAAAACGGAAGCUGAGCCAAUUACGGAGCCAACACCAGCGGUUGAAGGCGAUGGAGAUGAUCCUCUAAACAAUAAUGAAAAUGGAAUUGAGAAGGGAAAUGAAAAGGGGAAUGAGAAUGGAGCUGAGAAUAUUACAAGAACUUUAAGCGCCGAUGAAGCACCCGCAGUUGAGGAGGAUGAAGUCAAGGCGGACGCUGAUCCUGAACCAGAACCAGAUCCUGGACCAGAGCCGCAGGAGGAAGGUGAAGAGAAUGGCACACAUUCAAAUGAUGAGAAGCAAGAGACAGAAGCGAAUGUAGAGCAAGAAAAUGAAACAACCGGGGCGGAGGUGCAAAACGGAGAGGUCGAGCAAAACGAUCAAGAAGAAAAUGAAACUGAAAAGACUGAAGCACCGACUAAGCUUGAAGAAAACGAGAACGCACACGAGUCGAGUGAGAACGAGAAUGUGGAAACCGCUUCAAAUAAUGGCAAAGAUGCACCAGCUGGUGACGACGAAGAAGAUGACGAUGAGGAUGUUGUAGCACCUUCCCAGGGCGGUCAGCAGGCGAGCUUGGAGUUGGAACCUGGUGUGCAACAGGAGCUGCAGCAGAUGGAGCAGCCGUAUGAGCAGGAUGGCACAGACUCGCCCACCUCUUCGCUAGCCAUAGAGGGCUUUGUUCAGGGCGCAUCCGAUGAUUAUACAGUUCAGUCACAAACUGCUGCUUAUGAAGUUGAUGAAGACACACGCAUACAGCAGAUCAUUGCAUCCGGUGAUUUGGAGCAAUUAGCCCAAAUUGUGCUCAAUGGCGAUGGUGGACGACUGCUGGGGCUGCAAACGAAGGAGCCGGAAGUACAGGCCUUUCUCAAUAACGUGCCCAGCUACAUGGAGAAAAUACGACGCGUGCAUGAUGCGGCACGUGAGGGUGGUUUGUCGGCUUUACAGCAGGCCCUGGAUCGCCGGAAGUUCGCAAUUGCCAAGGACGAUAUAUCGCCCAAUGGUUCGACGCCCCUACACGUGGCUGUGCUCUUUGGACACAGUGACAUUGUACGCUAUUUGGCUUCCCGAUUCCCGGAGACCAUGGACGCAACGGAUAAUGAUGGCCGCACUCCGAUACACUAUGCGGCCACAAUUAAGGAUAAUGGGCACUUUUACAAUGUUUUAAUGCAACUGGGCGCGAAUACAAAGGUGGUGGACAAGCUGGGCCAUACGCCAGAGUUUUAUCUAGAUGUGGAAAAAUCAAAGGAGAUUCUAACCUACACCAAAUUAUUGAAUAUUUAUGGGGCCGAGGAGCUGGAGAAUCAGCUGCUAAGCGAUCAAGGUAUAUGUUCGGUUAAGGUGGUUUUAAACUGUCAAUGGAGUCCUUCGUAUGGCACAGUUACAACUUUGUAA